UGGGUGAGCAGCAUGACGGCGCACUAUCAUGUGAUUUAGCGCAAUUAUUAACGUUGCUUUUCCACAUUAAUUCAAUAAAUCGUUUCUAACUGAUAUAAUUCCCCACAGCUGGCACGUAUUUUAUAUGGGACCAAAUUAUAAAGCAUUUUGUACGCAAGAGCAGUUCUUAGAAACAGUGCUCGAGUUCAUGCUUCCGUCUUCCUGUCUCGAUUUCACACCGAUCAUUUUCUGUUUCGUGGCUUGUGGCACGACCCUUAUCUUAUGUUGAAGUUUGUUGGUUAUGCUAGAAGGUUCGACUCCGUAGGUUGGUUCUGGCGGAAUACGCUGAAUAAGUAUUCUGCAAGUUACAAUUUCUGACUUCAUAUUGACUGCCAUAUGCGCUCAAACAGUGAGUGGACCACUUUAAACAAACCUUGCAAACGUCCGUUCAGAAAACGCAGAAUUUUUGGACCGUCGUCUUUGCCGGCGAGUGCCCGAGCUACUUCAAUAUCACUGACGUUCUUAGUUUGCUCGUGUUUCUUUUUUUUUUUUGAUCAUUCCAACUCCAUGAAAGACAUCGUCGUCAUGCACCUUAAUGGUGUUUCUGCGAUAGUAUGUUCUCAUAACCUUCUCGCUUUUUCCCCUUGUCCCAGUGCGCCGCAUCCAACCAUACAGUUACUCCGGUUCAGCUCGCUUCAACUCUUCUUCUCUCUCUCUCUCUCUCUCGCAGACAAUCCCGUAGUGUUAUCGCAUCUUCUUCCACCGAUCCGAAGGAGCGGACCCGCGCUCCCGGGCAUCUCCGCUCCCAAACAACGCCGGCCGCCGCGCCCCUCGGUGGGGGCGCUGGCGUCGUGGCAGCGCCGGCAGCCAACGAGCGAUCCCGCUCUCGCCCCGCUCUGCUCUCCGGUGCGGGCAGCGGCACGUUUGUAUCGCGCAGAGAAGGCGUCUCUGCGGACGCGUCAGGGCGCCCCGACGCAGCUUGUGUGCACGACGCUUCGCUCCUCGAUUCGACUUCCCUUUCCGCGUGGUGUUGACCUGCGUCGAAAAAAAAAAAAAAAAGUGUGCGCGCCGCGCGCUGGCUUGGCCGUGCCUCGCGAACGAGUGUUUCCGCAAGCGGCCAAGACGACCACGGUGCUGUUUCGCGCCCCGUUGACGAGCCCAGCAAGAAGAACGCGACCGGCACGCGUCCGCUGGACCACGGCGCGUCUCCUCCGGAGAAGCGGUGCGCCGCCGCAGCCGCGCGCUCGUGAAGAAAGGAAAUCGGCGGUGCUACAGGGGUUGCGACCGUAGCAUGAUAGCCGAGCGAUGGCACGCCAGCGUGAUCGCCGCCAGUGGUUCCUCAAUCUGUGGAUAACGGCCUGUCGGAUUACUGCCACCUUUCUCCUCGCCCUCGUCGUCUGCAGUGCGGACGCCGCGGAUGCAGCGUCCAGUCACGGAGGAGGUGGUGGCCGCUCGCCGCGCAUCACGGAGCAACCGGUGGACGUGGUGGUCCGCAAGCACGAGCCGGUGACGCUCCGGUGCGGCGCCGACGGCGACCCUCCCCCGCGAAUCGCGUGGUUCCACGACGGGCGACCCGUGCGCAAUUCGGCCACGCGCAUGGUCCUGCCCGAGGGACAGCUGUUCUUCCUGCAAGUGCAGCACAGCCGCCGGGAACAGGACACCGGACUCUACUGGUGCACGGCCGCCAACGCGCUGGGCACGGUCCGCUCCCGAAACGCUAGCGUCGAGCUCGCCGCGCUCCGCGACGAGUUCCGCCAGCUGCCCAAGAGCGUCCACGCGGCGGCGGGCGACUCGGCGACCCUCGAGUGCGUGCCUCCCAGGGGCCACCCCGAGCCCACGGUCACCUGGUUCAAGGACGGCGUCCAGGUGCAGCCGGGCACGGGGCGCGUCCGCCUCCUGGCCCAGGGCGCGCUCCUGAUCGCCGACGUGAGGCCCUCCGACCAGGGCCGCUACGUGUGCCGGGCGGCCAACAUGCUCGGCACCAGGGACUCACCGCCAGCGCUGCUUUCCGUGCACACGAAGCCCUAUUUCGUCCGUGUCCCAGAAGAUGUGACGUCACUCGCGGAAGAAUCCGUCGAGUUCCAGUGCAAGGUGAACGGCGACCCCAAGCCGACGGUUACGUGGAGGAGGCAGGAUGGCAAGAUGCCCGUUGGCAGGGCCUACGUUCAAGAGGACAAGAGUCUGCACAUUAAGAAUGUUGCUCUCGCAGACGAGGGAACAUACAUUUGUGAAGCAGAAAACAUUGUUGGCUCGGUCUCUGCUUCGGCGACAUUAACCGUGCACUCGCGUCCCACAUUCCGCCUCACGCCCCAGAACCAGAAAGUGGGGCUCAACGGUGUCGCCAAGUUUGACUGUCUUGCGACAGGCAACCCCCCACCGUCCGUGUUCUGGACCCGAGAAGGCAACCAGGUGCUGAUGUUUCCGGGCAAGUCGCACGGCCGCUUCUCCGUUAGCAACGAGGGCACGUUGACCAUCUCCGGCGUGCGAAAAGAGGACCGCGGCUACUACGUCUGCUCGGCGCUCUCCGUGGUGGGCUCCAGCAUGGCCAAGGGUCACCUGGAGGUCACCGCGCUGGCCGACCUGCCUCCUCCCAUCAUACGCCUUGGACCGGCCAAUCAGACUCUGCCGCUGCACACGGCCGCCCAGCUGCCCUGCGAGGCGGCUGGCACGCCCAAGCCCGUGGUGCAGUGGCUCUACAACGCUGCUCCGCUGAGGGUCGAGGAUCGCCCCCGAUAUACGCUUUCCGAGUCUGGCACUCUUCAGAUUCAAGAUCUCCAAAUGCUGGACAGUGGAGCGUACACAUGCAAAGCCUCAAGCGAAAGCGGCGAGACAUCUUGGACUGGAUCCCUCAGUAUUGAGUCUCCGCAUAACCCAAACGUGAAUUUUCAUCGCUCCCCUGAUCCCUCCACGUUCCCGGGACCUCCGUCACAGCCAGUGCCGGUAAACACCACCGAAACUUCGAUAACGCUUGCUUGGAGACGCAGCGAGAAAGUUGGUGCGUCCUCACUCAAGGGAUACACAAUUGAGUACUACAGCAGCGACCUGCAAAGUGGAUGGGUGCUAGCAGCCCACCGAGUGCUCGCUGAAAAAUACACCAUCCAAGCUUUGCGGCCCGACUCACGCUAUGUGUUCAUCGUCCGAGCAGAAAAUUCACACGGGCUAGGAGUUCCUAGCCCUGUCUCUGAACCUAUACGAACUCUAGGAAUGACGCCACAUUUCCUCCCCGAGUUCAACCUUGACGAAGCGCGCGCAAAGCUCAGCUCGUGCGUUGUGUCCCUGCAAGACAUCCGGGCCGUCAGUUCAACAGCCGUCAAGCUGAAUUGGAAGAUCCAGGGCAUGAGGGACUACGUGGAGGGAUUUUAUAUUAGGUUUCGAGACAUGAGUGGUGGCUCGCAGAAGUACAACAUGGUGACUGUGCUGAACGGUGGAGCGCUAUCAUAUGUACUCAAUGACCUGAAGAAGUUCACGAAGUACGAAUUCUUUCUUGUGCCGUUCUACAGAAGUGUCGAAGGGCCGCCGAGCAAUUCGAGGAAUGUUCAGACCCUGGAAGAUGUGCCAACAGCGCCACCCGAAAGUGUGGAAGUGCAAGUUCUGAAUGGCACAACGGCGACCAUUUUCUGGUCUCCUCCGCCACCGCAACACCGCAAUGGAAGGCUCAGGGGAUAUAAUGUGUACGUGGACGGAAAUUCUUCUAAUAUUCACCUGAAUCAGAGCACGAACUCUACGACUAACAGCCUUACGUUAAACAACCUGAAAACAGGAGCUUCUUACGAAGCACGUGUCGUAGCCAUGACUACUGUAGGUGGUGGACCAGCCAGCAGCGCCGUCCUGUUCAAAAUGGAAAGCCCAUCUGCAUCAACAGCACUCUCUACACCUUUUCAAAACAUCGUGACACAAUCAUGGUUUAUCGCACUUUUCGGAUUCUUGCUGCUAGUGGCUGUCACUGUCUUCGUCCUUCUUUUGAUACGGAAACGAAGGCUGCAACAUGCAAAAUCGCUCACAACAGUUCCUGUACAUAAGCAAGAAGACAUCAGCAACUGCUUCAACUCCCUCAAUGGCCGUCCUGGCCUCAGCCCUCAUGAAGCCUUGUGGAUUAACCAUAGUGCCUGGAGAUCCUCUGACCAAUCCAAGGACUCUUUUUGUGAAACCAAGCUUCUUAACAAAAUGAGCUGUGCGUCAAAUGAUCUUAACUAUUCUAGUGUCUAUGCACCUCUAAACUGUGGGAUCAAUGCGCCUGACUAUGCAGAAGUAGAUGCGCAGAGCAUGACAACUUUCUACAAAAAGGACCUCCCCUCGAUUCCAGAGCCCUAUGCAACGACUACGUUAAUUAACCCAUCACUCCAGAAGAGCCUAAAUGGUUCUGCUAAGGAUGCUCGCAGUGGAAGCUCAGCGGAAGAAGGAAGCCGCAAAUCUGAGAAGGCCUUUGACUUUGAGCUUGCGCGCGCAAGUGAAGAUGGCAUCACAGAUCGACUGUUAGAAUCUGAGAAACUUGCGAGUCCCGCCAGUGACUCCGGAAGCUACACAACAGACGAGUAUGGAAUGCCAAUAAAAAAGUGCCGCCAAAAAUUCUCGCGGGGAGGACCUUCUUCCAAGGGACCAAUGAUGAAUUGGUCUGAAAUCAUUCCUCCACCACCUGAGCAACCACCCAGUGAGGCUGGGUCUCCAACAAAUACUCCGGCAUGCUUCCGAGGUACCCCACCUCGCAAUGUACAACUGAAGCAGAAGAUAAGCGGAGCGCAGCCAAUGUCCAACCUGAGGGGAGCCCAUGGUCCACCUCGAGUACAAACACAUUCUCCAAGAAAUACCCUAAACCAGUCCAGCAACAGUCUUGGGAGCUCCUAUGCAGACUCCUACCAAGGCGUACCGCCGUUUUUUCCCAAGGGACAAAGGUCCCUUCUGAUGCCGUUGCAGCCUCAGCAGUCACAUCAGCAACAACAGCAGCAGGAACAGCAGCAGCUAUUCAGCAACCCUUUCACAGACCGGGGAGUGCAGUCAUCACUGCCAUCACUGAUAAAUGAGCCACGCUCCUCGAACCGUACCACAGAACCAACAGGAGUUCGGUUCGGCGCCGGCCAAGGCUAUAUCUACGAACCCGCAACUGCUGAGUCGGAUGUGGAACUACUGACACGGCCACGAUCUAUAGAGUCCAGUGUUGCUGGAGACACCGACUACGCUCCAAGCCAUGCGCCAUCGUGGACCAGCACUACGGAGCAGAGCAACAGCUCUUGCACAAGCGGCCGCUCCAGCCGCGCCAGUUCCUACGAUGACCCUGUCUACAAUGAGGUGGAUUUUGUGAGCGCCGUGGCACGCGCCGCGCAAAACGCUGGGUUCCAAGUCAAUGGCUCUGUCGUCUCCACAACAACGCCGACGCCCGAGCAAGGGGCGCCAUACAAGCCGCCUAGCUUCCACAUUUACCAUGAUCCUCCGCACCUGAUGACGCCUCCAGGCAGUGGAAGAAAGCAGUGGAGAGCAGUGAGCAGGGAUGGUGAAGUUAGCGCCCAGGUCAUAAGUGGUGGACAUUUGUACCAUGGGUCUACGUGAAGAGAGAACUUUCACCUUUCUUCAAAGAAAAGAAAAAAGAAAGAUUCCCCAGUCACGUCGACACACAACGGCGGUCCUGCAUCAGGACCGCUGAUCGAGAUCCUGCCACGUACGGAUGCAAACACAAGAAGUCGGCGGAUUUAAAUGCCGCGUGAACGUCGAUGUGACUCGCCAACCAAGUUCCUUCCGUUACUGUCAGAGAAGCAGCUGACACCGUGCGACCAGUCCGUCAAAUUAUGCAAGAGGAUGUGACGUGUGCCAAAUAUGGAAUGCCAUAUGCAAUAAUUAGAAAAAUCAACAGAAGCGUCUGGCAACGAGACUGCCCGUCGCGUACCACAAGACGCUGGUGCGUGUGUUUUGUGUGCGUGCGUGCUUGUGUGUGCGUGCGAACUUAGCAAGAAGUGUAAACAAAUAUAUGUGGAUUUAUUUGUUUUGUAGAUAUGCAAGCGUGAACGAGAGCGCGAGCUUUUGUAUGUGUUGACUCGAAGACUGUACAGCGGUGGACACCGUUAGCGCCUGGCUCACUCUUACUCGUGCUGCCAUUUCGGAGCAUAUCACUGGACUGAGCUCUGAAUAUUGUGAUUGUUGAGGGGGCGCUGCGGGACACUCUUCCUAGGUAGCGCAGCUUUUGCCGAUGUCUUCAGUGGUCACCGAUUCGUGUACAGACAACUGCAUGCUUUCCUAUGGGCAGCGUACCCGGACGUUUUCUUUUAAUUUAUUGUUGAAGACAUUACUUAAUUUUACUUAAGAGGCGUGUACAAACAGGGCAGAAAAAAGUCACAGAAAUAAAAGUCACUAUUGUUUACCUGCUGAAA